AUGUCACAGACCAAAACAGUGAAGGUUCGUCUGACCCUCUUCUUCAUCCUGGUGGGCGGAGUGCUCGCUAUGGUGGCUGUGGUGACUGAUCACUGGGCUGUGUUGAGCCCACACCUGGAACACCACAACGAGACGUGCGAGGCAGCCCACUUCGGCCUCUGGAGGAUCUGUACCACUCGUGUGGCUGUGCGUGACAAAGAAGACAAGAGUUGUGAACACAUCACAACGUCAGGGGAAAAGAACUGCUCCUACUUCAGGCAUUUCAACCCAGGAGAGAGCUCGGAGAUCUUUGAAUUCACCACUCAGAAGGAGUACAGCAUCUCGGCGGCGGCCAUUGCCAUCUUCAGCCUCGGCUUCCUCAUCGUGGGUUCCAUCUGCGCAUUUCUCUCCUUCGGGAAUAAGCGUGAUUACCUGCUGAGGCCAGCAUCCAUGUUCUAUGCCUUUGCAGGGCUCUGCCUUAUUGUCUCUGUGGAGGUCAUGAGGCAAUCGGUGAAGCGCAUGAUUGACAGCGAGGACACCGUCUGGAUCGAGUACUACUAUUCGUGGUCUUUCGCCUGUGCCUGUGCCGCGUUCACCCUGCUCUUCCUCGGAGGGCUCUUCCUCCUGCUCUUCUCCCUGCCCCGGAUGCCCCAGAACCCCUGGGAGUCCUGCAUGGAUGCUGAGCCAGAACACUAG